UCCAAUCCUCACCUAACAUUCUUUCACACAACAUAUAUAAGCACAUAUGUUCAACCAAGGAAGUUUUGGAAAGCUUCAUGCAACUGUGCAGUGACACCACUGCUAUGGCCUUUCCCAAGCCAUCUCUAGUGCUAUGCUCUCUUCUUGCUUUACUGAGCCUAAAUUGCGGUCCAUCUCAUGUAUCUGCCAAGGUUUAUAUGGUAGUGAUGGAGGAUGAUCCAGUUGUUUCCUACAAGGCAAGCCGGAAGGGUGUAAUGAGAGGCGAGGAAGCUCAGAAGUAUAAGGAAAUGGCCACAACAAAGCACGACGUCUUCCUGGAAUCAUUUCUCACCGUAGGAUCUUACAAGAAACUGUACAGCUACACUCACCUGCUUAAUGGCUUUGCUGUUCAUGCAAACUCUGAAAAGGCAGCUAAAAUUCUUAGCGGCGCAAAAGGAGUUAGACUCGUUCAAGAAGACAUCAAAAUGGCCAAGAUGACCACAUACACUCCAAAGUACAUUGGAGCCAGUGGGGUAUGGCCACUGCUUGGUGGUGCUGAGAAUUCUGGUGAUGGAAUAGUCAUUGGCAUGAUUGAUACUGGCAUUGACCCCAAAAACCCAAGCUUUGCCAGCUUCUCGAACCAAUCAAAGCAGCCACCUCCCAAUUUCAAAGGAAUGUGCCGCUCUGGGGAUAGAUUCCCUCCUGAUUCAUGCAAUGGUAAGAUAGUGGGAGCUAGGUGGUUCGCGCGCGCUGGUCAAGCAACUGGAGAGUUCAAUGCUACAAUUCAUUAUGCAUCACCUUAUGACCCGGAUGGCCAUGGCAGCCACACAGCAUCGACCGCAGCUGGAAAUUUUCAUACACCAGCAAUUUCUAGGGGUUACAACUUUGGAUAUGCAAGCGGCAUGGCCCCCGGAGCUCGUCUUGCAGUCUACAAAGCCGCGUACCCUUUUGGUGGAUAUAUGUCAGAUGUGAUAGCUGCUGUCGACCAGGCAGUAGAAGACGGUGUUGAUGUUAUCAGUCUUUCCAUGGCACCUUCUUCGGUUUCACCUGGCCCUGCAGCUUUCCUCAACUUGCUUGAGACGCAACUGCUCCUUGCCACCAAGGCUGGAGUCUCGGUUGUUCAAGCAGUGGGCAAUGGAGGCCCUGAUGCGAGCUCAGUAGUUUCAUUCAGCCCAUGGAUAACAAGUGUCGCGGCUUCGACAACGGACCGCAAGUAUAACAAAACAAUCGUAGCUGGAAAUGGGCAAAUUUUCUCUUGCGGCGGCCUUUCCCCACCAACACCAGGCGACACAAUGUACCCAUUAGCAUUGGCAGACGACGUGAGCACCGACAAUUCGACUGAUGGGUCUAAUGGUUGCCAGGAUCCGAAGGUCUUCAUAAGAUCUCUAGUUCAGGGGAAGGUGAUUGUCUGCAUGAUUGUGUCAUCUAACUACUAUCAGGGUGACAACUUUGCCGGCAUUAUCGAUACGAUUCAGAAGAUCGGAGCUGCUGGAGUCGUGAUCAUUGAUCGUUAUUCCGGUGAUGUAGACUAUGAAUAUCAGCCCAUAUUUCCUACCGCGGUACCUUCAGCCAUGGUUGUGGACGGUGUAGACAUGAUGAACCUGAUGGAGUACUAUGAGAACAACACGGCACGAGACGGCGACGGAACUGUCAUCACGUUCGGAGCAACCGUCCGGAUUCUGGAGGGACGGCGUGCGAGCUACUCCGGGGAACGGCCGGAGGUCGCCGACUACUCGUCGAGGGGGCCCAACAUAGAGAACUCGCAGAUGCAGCUGGCGGACGUCCUGAAGCCGAACGUGAUGGCGCCGGGCCAUCACAUCUGGGGAGCCUGGAGCCCGACGAGCGACGCCCUGCCGGAGGUCCAGGGCGAGAGCUACGCCAUACUGUCCGGCACGAGCAUGUCCACCCCGCACGUCGCCGGGGUGGUGGCGCUGAUCAAGCAGCGGCAUCCCAAGUGGAGCCCGGCCAUGAUCAUGUCGGCGAUCAUGACGACGGCCGACGUGACCGACCGCUCCGGGAGGCCCCUGAUGGCGCGCCGGGACGUGGGCGCCGUGGUGGCGGCCACGCCGUUCGACAUGGGCGCGGGCGCCAUCAACGCGGCGCGCGCGCUGGACCCGGGGCUGGUGUUCGACGCCACGUACAGGGAGUACCUGCAGUUCCUGUGCGCGGUGCCGGGCGUGGACGAGGCCGCGGUGCGGCGCGCGGUGGGGGCGUCCUGCCCGACGUCGCGGGCGCGGUGGUGCUCGGACCUGAACGCGCCGAGCGUGACGGUGGCGAGCCUGGUGGGGUCGAGGCGGGUGGACCGGAAGGUGUGGAGCGUGGGCGCGGAGAACGAGACGUACAUGGCGUACGUGCGCGCGCCCGACGGCGUGGCGGUGCGCGUGUCGCCCGACGAGUUCACCGUCGCCCCCGGCGAGACGGCGGCGCUGAGGAUCGUGCUCAACACCACCGCGCCGGGGAACGCGUUCAGCUUCGGCGAGGUGGUGCUCAGGGGCGACAAGAAGCACAGCGUCAGGAUCCCCCUCGCCGUCUACCCCGCCGCGGUGUUGAGCGGCCCGUGAACUGAACUCGCGUACUGGAUAUGCAUGUAUGCCUGGUGUAUUAUACUACGUACUUACGUAUGGGUAUACGCAUACUACUGUAUACAGAGGGAGGAGCCUCACAAAAUCUGGACGGCGGACGCUAGGCGCCGGUCUUCGGCCAGUCGCCGCGCAUCCGUCUGUUUCGUCCUUCUGUAACCGUUUGAUUUCAGGCCACGUCAUCCCUUUCUUCCCCA